AUGAAUAUUGAUUUUUCAAGAAUUUUCAAUCUAGUAAGUGAAAUACCAACUUAAGUAUUUAAAUAGACUUGUUUAACUAAAUUACCUGAAAAAUAGAUAGAUGAAAUCAAUAAAACCAUUCCUAUACUAAAAUCACAUUUAAUAAUAUAUUCCAGCAUUUAAGAAAGUUUCAUUAACAUUUCUGUUCUAUUCAUACCUAAUUUACUUGUGAUUGCUGAUCAAUAUUUAGUACUCUCUAAUUGUAAAAUUACAAAGUUAAAAUAAUAUUCCAAAUUUGAUGCCUAUGCAAUAUAACUAUCAAGUUCAACAGGACAUCUCUUAUUAUUCUUUAAUCAUAAAUAGUAAUAUUUAGAAUGGGUACCAAAAUUGAAAUCCUUUUGUAAAUUAAACAAUUUUACAAAUAAGUUUUGUUUAUUAGAAUAGAUCAUCAAAGAUUAUUAUAUAAUUUAGCAUAAAAAAACUAAAAAAUAUUAUACAUCAUAUGUCCAUUCAAUAAGAGCAACAUAAACAGUCGAUAUUUUGAAUAGUGAAAUUUAAACUUUGAGGAGUAUAAAACACCCAUCCUUAUUAGAUUUGAAAUGGGUUUAUGAAGAUAAUCAUUAUAUAUACUUAAUAUUUGAUUAUUUUAGAUGUGAGAAAUUAUUAGAUCUCCUUAAUUAAGGAUUGAUUUUGGAUUAAACAUAAUUAGCAUCAGUAAUUCUCCUUUACUUAAUUUUAGAUAAUAUUGUAAUUAUUGUAAUCUCUCAAAUUUUUAAGAAAGAAUAACAUUUAUCAUGGUAACAUAACACCAAGUAACAUUCUAAUCAAUACAUAAUCCUCAUUUCUUUAACUAUUCUUAGUCAAUAUGGCAUUUAUAAGUAGUAUUGACUAAGAACCUCUUGAUUAAUAUCUCUCAAAUGUGCAUGAGAGUUAUAUAGCACCUGAAAUAAAAUAAAGUAAUGCCAAACCUUCCAUUGAUAGUGAUCUAUAUUAAAUAGGAAUUGUAUUGUAUUUUUUGACAUUUUUUGUUCAUCACAAAAGGAAAGAUGAAAGAGUUGAUCGAAUUUAAUUUGAAUUAAUUGAUAAAGCAGAAGAACAUUUAUCAUAACUUGAUAAAAAUACUUAAUGUAUUAAUUUUUUAAUUUAAGAUAAGUAUAAAAUGGUGUAUUGUGCUUCUUAAUUAGAUUUAUUGAGAAGAUUGCUUGAUAAAAAAGAUAAUAGAAUUAAAUUAGAGGAAGCAAUUAAACAUCAUUGGUUUAUAAAUAUAAAAUAGAAAUUAAAGCCAAAAGUAGAAAGAAGAAAAUAGCAUUUACCAUCUUUAAAAACAAUAAUUGAAUUAUGUGAAUAUAAUGAAUUUUCAAAAAAAUUUGAGAAAUAAUAAAAAAUAAUAGAUGAAGAUUCUGGUAAUUUAAUAUUUUAUGUAAUAAUUAGUACUUGAAGAGAAUAUAUUUAUUUAGGAUUUGAUGUAAUAAUUAGAAAAGAACUAAUAAUCCAAAAGACCUUCAAAAGAAAAUCAUGAAAAAUUAAGAAUGUUUGAGUAAUUCAAGACUCAAAUAGAAUGUGAAAAGACAAGUCAAGAAAAAUAAUUUGUAUUUUCCAAAAGUAUAAUGUGA